AUGUGGAUCUCUUCGAGAUCACGAACGGGAAUCAGGGUGGACGGACAACCGAUAGAACUCGUCGAUGAGUUCUGUUACCAAGGCUGUGCGCUGAAGAACAAUGGCAGCUACGAGAGAGAUGUUCAGCAAAGAUGCGCUAAGGCCACUUCUGCAUUUAACUCCUCAACGAAAUGCCUGUGGUCGACCCCCAUCACCAACGAAGUCAAGCUGCGAGUCUACCUAUUCGCAAUUUGCCCCAUCAUGAUGUACGGAUCGGAGACUUGGGCAGCACCAUCAACGGUUAUGGAGAGGCUUGACCGCACGGAAUGA